AUGAACUUGUACCAAGCUGUUAAGGUUUCUGGUAGUGAGGAAUCUUUAGGUAGAGGUUUUAUGAUCGUCUUGAAUGAUAGAAUCGCUUCGGGUAUCUGGACCACUAAGCAAAAUGUGGAUGCUAUGAAUACUUUCAGAGCUUUUGAACAGGGUUACUUGGGUACAAUUAUGAAUGAUGAAAUAGAAUAUUACUAUCCUCCAACAAGACCAAACGGCUUCCACUAUUUUAAUAUUUCAAAUGUCACCGAGGCAAGUCAAAUUCCAGAAGUCAUCAUCUUGUAUUCUUAUCAAGGCCUCAAUCCAAAUUUGGUCAAGGUAGCUAUUAAACAACUAGGUGCCAAAGGUAUUGUUUUGGCUGGCUCUGGUGCUGGUUCAUGGAGUAAUUCUGGUGAAAUUAAAAAUAAGGAAAUGUAUGAAAGUAUAAUAUUCCAAUUGUUUACUCGCCGUACAAUGGCUGGUUCAGUUCCAAAAGAUGAUGUUCCAGAUUAUGGUAUCGCAUCUGAGUUUAUUAACCCACAAAAAGCUCGUAUCUUAUUGCAAUUGAGUUUGUAA